AUGCAUGCGCUUACGAGCUCCUGUGGGGAUAUAUCGGCAUAUAUGUACAAGUUGCAGGUAAGAGAGCUUUCAUCUCCUCAUCGUCCUGCCCAUCUGCCUCGUCUCGUCAUGUCGGACAUUCUCACUCGCAAGCCUAAAAACAUCGCCAUCUCCACCAACCCUUCUCAUGAUUUAAACAUCCUAGAAACUGAUAUCCCAUAUCUCCAACCCAAUGAAUGCCUGAUUCACGUCCGCGCAACAGGAAUUUGCGGAUCUGACGUCCAUUUCUGGAAACAUGGAAAUAUUGGCUCUUCAAUCAUCACCACAGACUGCGGUCUGGGGCACGAGAGCGCUGGCAUAAUCAUCAAAACCGGAUCAGCGGUCGAGAAGUUCAAUGUCGGCGAUAGAGUCGCUCUCGAGUGCGGAAUCCCUUGUUCCAAGCCUACUUGUCGGGCCUGCCGAACAGGUCAAUAUCACGGCUGUCCAGAGAUGGUAUUCUACAGCUCGCCCCCCAUCAAUGGUACCUUACGACGCUAUCAUGCCCAUCCUGAAGCAUGGCUGCAUAAACUACCAGAUCAUGUCACCUUUGAAGAAGGAGCGUUGCUGGARCCACUUUCCGUAGCYCUCGCUGGUAUUGAGAGGAGUGGAUUGAAAUUGGGAGAUCCUUUGGUGAUUUGUGGCGCGGGACCUAUUGGAAUGGUGACACUUCUUGCUGCGAAUGCUGCUGGUGCUGCUCCUAUUGUGAUUACGGAUCUGGAUGAGAAUCGUUUGCGUGUGGCGAAGGAGCUUGUACCAAGGGUGAGGACCGUGCAGGUAGAGAGAGGCGAGGACUCCCAGCUUCUGGCGGAGAAGAUGAAGCUGGCUUUGGGGCAGGAGGCGAAGUUGGUUAUCGAAUGUACGGGUGUGGAGAGCAGUGUUCACGCUGGAGUCUAUGCGACGCGCUUCGGAGGCUGCGUCUUUGUGAUCGGUGUUGGCCACGCCUCUAAUAUGGAGAUUCCGUUUAUGCAUGCCUCGUUCAGGGAGAUUGACAUUCGCUUUCAAUUCCGCUAUCGCGAGACGUACCCAAAGGGCAUCAUGUUACUCCAGGAAGGCUUGAUUGACUUGAAGCCUUUGGUCACGCAUCGCUUUACAUUGGAGCAGGCGAAAGAGGCCUUUACUGCAGCGAGCACACCUGCUGCUAGAGCCAUCAAAGUACAACUACUAGACGAUUGA